AUCGUGCUUCGGAAAUGGAGCGAGGAGCUGGAAACAAGACUCUUCCCUUGUUUUUGAAGGCUUUGUUGUUUAGUAAAACGAAGUUACCGACGAGCAGAGGAAUACUCACAUCGGACUGAAUGUUAACAACACAAGCCAUCGAACACUUUGUGAAAUGCGGUUCUCGGUAGGAUGAGCAGGAAUCACGUUGACGAUGAGUUCGUUGCAGUGCGAGUGCAGGACCCUCGCAUCCAGAACGAGGGGUCUUGGCGUUCAUACGUCGACUUUAAGAUAUUCCUGCACACCAACAGUAAAGCGUUCACGGCCAAGACGUCCUGCGUGCGCCGGCGCUACAGCGAGUUCGAGUGGCUCAAGAAGAAGCUGCAGAAGAACGCAGGUUUGGUUCCAGUCCCAGACCUUCCAGGAAAAUCCUUCUUCUACUUCAGCAACGAGGACUUUCUGGAAAGACGAAGGAAAGGACUUCAGGACUUUUUAAACAAAGUGGUGCACAUGACGGUAUGUCUGUCGGACAGCCAGCUCCACCUGUUCCUGCAGACCCAGCUGCCCGUCGGCCACAUCCAGGACUGCGUUCAGGGCCUCACGCCCUUCUCCGUGACGGACGCCAUCCUCACCUACGCCUCGUCCAAUCGGGGCCUGGCUCAGGCUCAGGAGGAGGAGUCCAUCAGGGAGCACAGUUUGACCAUUUCUUACGAGUCCAUGGAAAGUCCAGUCCCUCAUCAGCCCAACGUGACCCCAAACCCUGACAUGCUCCCGUGUGAGCAGUCCAACCCCCCGGUAGAUGUUCUGGACUCGGAUGAAACGCUGCACAAGAAGAAACCUUCGCUCAGGAUCUCCCAGAAAAGCAACCACCUGGAAGUGGUCGUGGAGGACCAUGAACUCUCACAGGCCACCUUCUACGUUGGGGAGAGUCCCAGCGAUUCGGGGAGUCUCAGCUCCGUGGAGCAGAUGGAACAAAGGAGCUGCCUGAUCCGGACACCGGUGGACGUCCACUCGCCCAUGGACGUGGAGACUGUGGAUCGUUUAGGGUCUAAAGAAAACCGAGUCCAUUCUGAGCCUGAAAUGUUUGUGAUUUCUGAAGAGAUUUCACCUUCGCCGGAGGACUUCUGCUCUGAAAAGCUCCAUUUUGAAAAUCACGUGACGUUCCAGGUUUAUGAAGGUCAAAGAGCAGAAAGAGACAGAAAUUCAGAUGGACCUGGCGCCAAACGUGAAAUCCUCCUUCGCUCAGAAAUCACUGUAGAGACCCUGAAUGCGAGCGGCGCACCUGAGGUGGAACCCACUGACUCGAUACCAGAAGUGCUUCAACAGGAAGUAGAACACGGAGUCAAAGAAGAAACGGCGCUCGAGAUCCAUCAGAAGAGUCCAAGUGGGAAUAACACAACUGAGGUGGAACGAAGUGACUCAGGAAAAGGAAAGCAACACAUGGACGAAGAUGAAAUCCUUCAGGAGACUCUGGGUGGGAGCGGUGCACCUGAGGUGGAACCCAGUGACUCGGUGCAGGGAAUGCUCCAACAGGAAGUUGAACACACGGACAUGGAAGAAAGCCCGAGUUCAAAUGGGGACAGCGCACCUGAGGUGGAACUCAGUGGUUUGGUACAAGAAGCUGAAACUUCAGACAGAGAUGAAGUCCUUCAGUCAGAGGUCCAUGUGGAGACUCCAAAUGUGAACGGUGCACCUGAGGUGGAACCAGAUCACUUGGUACAAGAAAAGCACAAACAGGAAGUGGACAGAAACGACGUCCUCCUUCAGUCCCAAGUCCACGUGGAGACUCGGAAUGUAAACGGUGCACCUGAGGUGGAGCCCGGUGAGUGGGUCCAAGGGAAACAGGAAGUUGAGCGCGCGGACAAAGGCGAGAGCAACUCUCUGACGUCUUCCACCGAGAGCAUCAUGAAGUGCAGCGAGGAGGAAAGCGUUUGUGGGGACACCGAGGACUCGGUGACGUCGUCUCCAGAGGACGUCAGAAACUGGUCGGGAGGAGACGCCUUCAACGAGAACGCUCCGGAGCUGCACCUGAACGGGACGCUCGAGGGGAAAGGGGACACUUCUGAUCAGGAGGACGGAGAGCAACGCGUGACCAACGUCAAGGAUCUGGUUAGAUGUCCAGAGCCUCGUCCAGCAGAUGGACGCUUGACUGGAAACAUCUUGGAGAGCAGCUGCCUGACUGGAGGAGACAACGGUAAAUUUACUAAACAGGAAGCUCCGCCCUCAAUGAGUGGCUCUGACGAGACGCGUUGGUGACGUCAAAUCUUUAAAACGACUAAAAAUCAUUCCGUUUGGGCAGUGUGGUGGAAACCUGCAGGUCUUUUAUUAAUAUGAACUCAAAGCAACGUUUAAAAUCUGAGUUUAUUUACGGCCCGGAGCUUUAGAAGCUGGCGUUUCCUUUCUGAUCGGUCAGAUUGAUCAGGUUCGGAGGCGAAGUCUCCGAAUGAAAGCUCCGCCUUCUGGUUGUUCACAAACAAACACUUUAAAGACAAGUUGAGAGUAUACGCUGGAAGUUGCAAUAACAUGACAGAAUUUUGCGUUUUAAAAAGGUUCAACCUGCGAUUAUUCUGGAGAUGAAACCGAGCUCAGUGCCGGCUUCUUUUUGUGCAAUAAGAUUCAAAUGUUGAAACUGUAAUUUUUGUUAAAAGCUGAACAUGUUCACUUCUAGAAGGGAUCUCGGAAUGAUUACGACAGAAAGGCCUCCAGCUGUUACAGGGGUUUGUUUUAUUUUUAAAAAUCAAUGCUUGUGUGUUUUGGUCAUUUGUACCCAAAUGAACCCCGACUGUUUGAGCUGGACCAAAAAAAAUCAUUUCUGGACAAAGAUCCUGUUAAAGCGACCACGUGAGGUUGUUUCUGUCGGCUUUAAAAUGCCGAUGAGCUUCACUGACGGACUUCAGAGCAGUCGAGUCAAAUGUUCAGACGAGCGACGAACCCUGUUCAACCAGGAGUUCAUGAGCAGCAGCGACGGAGACGCAGACAGCUUUUCAAACGCACUUUCAGGAAAUGUUUUUAAAAACGAGCUUGGUUCAAAUAAAGUUUGGUUUGUUAUGAAAUUCAUGAGACAUUUAAAGCUGAUUUAU